AUGUGUCUUCCACUUCAGAAUUACUUCACAAGUGUGGCAGAGGUGGAGAAGAACAAGGCAAAACUGACUGAAUUGCAGACCAUACCUGAGACUCAAGAGCAAGAAGCUGAAAAAAAUAGCACCACUGGAGCCAGCUCCACCACAGAGAUGUCACAAGAUUUGCUCAGAGCACCAGAGAACAAGGUCUCAGAAGACAACAUUCACAUCCUCAUGUGGGGCUGGAACCACAUGCACAACGAGGCUGACAAGGAUGAGUGGGAGGACUUCUUCCAGUACCAUGACACCCUAUGCACUGACAAGUUCUGGACCACUACUCAAGGCGAGCAAGCCAUUGACUGGAAGAAGCUCAUCAGCUCAAUGCCUGAGGCUAAGAAGCUCAACAAGGCAGAACAGAGGAAGCUACAAGAAAAUCUGCACAACUAUACUGGCAUCAUGAAGAAGUUCCUCAAUGUCAACAGUUGGCCCAAGAGUGCUGCCUACCUUGAGAAUUUGUAUGCUGAAUCCAAAGAACCCAUGCCAAUCACACCCCUCUAUCUUUGCAAUCACUUGAUUUCUGAUCCAAUUCUGCUUCAUGUCCUCAAGCACAUCUCAACUGAACAGCACAAGCAGAUCCAAGCAGGCAACAAGUACAAGAUCAGCAAGAAUGCCUUCAAGGAGCUCCUCAUUGCCUGCCAGAGAUGUGUUGAGUUCCUGAGCAAGGCAAGAAAGGUGGCUACACACCUCAUGGAUAGGGACUUCAUCCACCUCAAGAACAAGGUGGCUACUGGAGAGUGGGAGCAACUUCUUCUGAUCCUCAGCAAUCCACACAUCAAAAUUGAAGACAUUAUCCAAGAGUUGCAAGAGAGGAUUCAAAAGGAGAAAGAGGAGAAGGAAAAAGCUGAAGAAAAGGAGAAACAUAAAGCAAAAGACUGCUUUGCUGCUGUCCUGACAACCAAUGUGCUGGAAAUGGCGGCUCUUCUCAACCUCCUUGCCAAGGAGAAUAGCCCCUGGCAGCUUCUGCAUCUCAUCUCAGGGAGCAUCCCCAACAUCCACUCCAAGAGUGCCAGAGGGGUCCAACACAAUGGAUAUCACCAUCCCAAGCUCAUGGCCUACAAGAAGCCCUCCCUCAUCAAGAGGUGGAACCCAAAGUGGGUCCACAUUGCUCCUCAAGUGCAUCAACUGAGUCAUGUCUUCUAUCAGCUUGUCCUCACUGCCUACACCUCCAGCACCAAAGCAUGA